AUCGGCUGGCUGGUAACAACGGGUCCACUCUCUCUUUCUCUACAGAAGAAGCUGAGAUAUCUGUCUCUCUCUCUAGAUUCGAUUUCGUUGCGGGCUUGUUAAUGGCGAAUCCAGGGCAAUCAAAGGGAUGGAUUAAGAAAUGGACGUCCAUGGCUUCAUCGGUUUACUUCGUCUUGAUCAUAUUCCAGAUCCCUCUCUUCAGGGUUCCAUGUAGAUCUGGUAUGUGUUCAUCGCCGAUCCAUGUGACAUCGUCUCAGUUGAUUUCUAGUGAGAUCUUUCCUGUUCCGGUGAUUAAGGCUCUCCUAUUCCCUGGUGCUGUAGUCAAUGGUCUUGCCACCAACCUGACCUUUCCAAAGUGGGAAAAUGUGUUAGAUAUCUACAAUCUCACCAAUGUGAAAGAAGCAUCUGCAGUGACCGAUCUUCAGCGCCUAGAGGUUCUUGCAGGGAGCUACUUUUCUGUAGCUGGGGCGUUUGUGGGUUUGCUAAAGCCCGGUAGGAUGAGCAUGUUUGGGUCAUUGCUACUAGUUUGGGGGCUUGUUAAAGAAGGGAUCUUAGGGAAGCCAGUAAAUACUGACCCAGCCAAAACCGUUUAUGUGUACCCGACCAUGGUGCUUGCCAUGAUCUGCGCUUUCUCUAUGAUAAAGUAUGACUUGAAGAAAGCCACGAGGGCAGCUCCAGCUCGUCCCAUUGCUAAACCUCUAAUGAGCUCUUCAAAAUCUAAGCUUAAUGCAAGAAACAAGUUUUCUCUCAUCUGUACAGAAUUCAAAGCUCUGGUUCCGUUGAAGUCACAUGAGACAUGGAUCAGAAUCAGGCUAUUACAGUCCUUCCAGGCACCUGAGAGGCUGCGAAGAUUGAACCCUGAUGCUUAUUCGCCUCGGGUUGUAUCGAUUGGGCCCUUACACUAUGGUAAAGAAGAACUUCAAGCCAUGGAAGAUCAUAAACUGAGGUACCUACAGAGUUUUAUUCCUAGAACAGCCUUAAGUUUGGAAGACCUGGUAAGAGUUGCAAGGACAUGGGAAGAAAGGGCUCGCUUUUGUUACACAGAAGAUGUAAGACUUAGUAGCGAUGAAUUUGUGAAGAUGUUAAUCGUUGAUGCAAGCUUCCUAGUAGAACUUCUUUUGAGGUCUCAGUUUGAUGUAUAUAGAGGUAUGCUAGAUAGGAUAUAUGGGAAGCAAAAGAUGAUUGUCGAUGUGAACCAUGACGUUAUGUUACUUGAAAAUCAGCUUCCAUAUUUUGUUGUCGAGGGGAUGUUUGGAUUGCUACAUGUUGACUACCAUAGGGAACUUCCACCUCUGACUCGAAUCAUUCACAACCACUUCAAGAAAUUCUGGAUGAGCAUCCCUUCAUUUUCGAGAAGCAUUUCUGAUUCAAAGAUCUGUCAUUUUGUUGACCUUCUGCGAUCUCUUCACCUGCCUUUGGUUUUGAGUUUUCCAGGAGGAAGCAUGAGAACGAUGGACUCUGUACUGAGUGCAAAAGAGAUUCAAAAUGCCGGUGUUAAGCUCCAGCCCGCAGACAACAACACCUGCGCACUUGACAUAAGCUUUGCAAACGGAGUCCUCACGAUUCCCAAAAUCAAGAUCAACGACAUCACAGAAUCUCUGUACAGAAACAUCAUCUUGUUUGAGCAAUGUCAUCGUUUAGAUGCUUACUUCAUCCACUAUAUGAGGUUCCUCAGUUGCUUCAUAAGAUCUCCCAUGGAUGCUGAACUGUUCAUUGACCACGGGAUCAUUGUGAACAGACGUGGAAAUGCAGAAGACGUUUCGAGGCUGUUCAAUAGCAUAUUGAAAGAGACAAGUUACAGCGGGUUUUACUAUAAGACAGUCUAUGGGAAUCUACAAGCGCAUUGUAAUGCGCCUUGGAACAAGUGGAAAGCAACUCUCAGACGUGAUUAUUUCCACAAUCCUUGGUCAGCUGCUUCUGUUGUGGCUGCCUGUGUACUUCUCCUUCUUACUUUCGUUCAGGCUAUAUGCUCUAUAUUAGCUUUAUGACUUGUGAGAAAGUGAAGGAUAAUCAAAUGUUAGGGAAAUAUCUCCUUUAUAAGAAGAAAUACAAACGAGGCAGAGAGGAGUGUGCAAGGCACGUGUUAUGCAGAGAACAGAAGAAACAGAAGAUUAGCAGUUAAGUGUGAGGGUUAUGUUGAAUGUUUGUAUGUGGAUCCAGUCGCCAUGAGACUGAGAUUAGGGAGAUCAUAAUCUGAGGGAUGUGAGUGAAGAUUCUAAACUCAUUUUCCUUGUUGAUUCAUUGAGUCUUUCAUUGUUCUUUGUUGUUCAUCGAUACAAUUGUGUGA